AUGAAUUAAAAUCCUUUAAAAGAUUUUGAGUAGAAGUUUGAAAACUUCAUCAGACUUUGGGUGAGGUAUUUUUAUCAUGUAGAUCAAUACGUUUUGGCUAUCGAAAUUUUGAUUGAUAGCAAAAAGGCUAUGCUUUAGUAUGACUAUCUUGUCAAAGGUAGACUUUAGAAUAAAGAAAAUGAGUUUAAUAGAAAAAGGCUUGAAGUGUUAGAGGAUUUGUACAGCGUUUUUAUUUUGAAUAAGCAAGAAAUAAAAUCAACUCUCCCUGAACCAGAUGCCAAUAAAGGAGAUCAAGAAAAGAAAGAAACUCAAAAGCAAAGGGAUAAAAGGCUAGACGAAUCUAUUGUCUGGGGAUUUGAUUUUGAUAAUUUAGAUAAAUAUGAGUAUUAUAUUACAUAAAUGAAACAAAGUUGUGAAGCGGAUAAAGUUAAAUUAGAAAACGAAAUAGAUAAAUUAGAAUCUAAUAUGGAUGCUGAUAUCUAAAAAUAAGAAGCAAGAAAAAAUGACAUAAGUAGAAUUAAGAAAUUUACAGAUUUAACUUUAAAAAUUAUAGAAGACAGUCUUAAGCAUGUACUCGAAGCUGCUAAAAAAACAGAUAUAAAAAAGUCUGCCUAUCAUACAAAUAAUUACAAUCUUCAAAGUAGCCAAGAAAUGGAUGAAUCUAAAUUUUUCACUGUAGCAGAUCAAAAGCUUAAAUGUAAAUAGUAUGCUCGACUUCAUUCUUAUUGUAUUGAAAAUUCUCUCUUCCAUCAAAGUGAAAAAGAGUUACCAAAAGAAGAAACAUAAAUUAUUUAGCAAGAAACUAUAAUUGAACACACUCCUGAAAAAAAGAAAAAGUAGAAAAAAUGA